UAUCUGGGUCUGGGUUUCUGUAAGGCACUUUAUGACAACAGUGACAUCAGCAUCCAUAAUGAUAUGUGUCUGUGUCCCCUCUUUAUGGUUACCAGGACAAUGCUAGCCCUUCCGCCCUCCCGGAGUCCCUCUAUCGUGCCUCUCCCGGUAGCACCUUACUACUGGGUAUGAAGAGGUUGUCUGUGCUGCUGGUGGACUGCAGGAAAACAACAGGGCUGAGUGGAACUGUGAGAGGAGGAGAAGAGAAGAAAGGAUCAGAUUUGACUCAUCAAAGAGGAAAACCAAACUUGGAGGAACCAAAGACAACAUCAAGACAACACCUCUGCUCCCAGAUCAAGUUAGGAAGCCUGAAAAGACCUGAGAGGACACACACAGGAGAGAAGCCAUACCAUUGCGGCCAGUGUGGAAAGAGUUUUAGCCUGUUAGGAAGCCUGAAAGCUCAUGAGCGAAUACACUCAGGAGAGAAGCUAUACCAUUGUGGCCAGUGUGGAAAUAGUUUUAGCCAGUUAGGAAACAUGAAAAGACAUGGGAGGAUACACACAGGGGAGAAGCCAUACCACUGCUCCCAUUGCGGAAAGAGUUUUAACCAUUUACUUAACAUGAAAAGACAUGAGAGGAUACACACAGGAGUGAAGCCUCACCAUUGCUCCCAGUGUGGAAAGAGUUUUACGCAGUUAGGUAUCCUCAAAGAUCAUUUGCGAAUACACACAGGGGAGAAGCCUUACUACUGCUCCCAUUGUGGAAAGAGUUUUAACCAUUUACUUAACAUGAAAAGACAUGAGAGGAUACACACAGGAGUGAAGCCUCACCAUUGCUCCCAGUGUGGAAAGAGUUUUAUGCGGUUUGGUAUCCUCAAAGAUCAUUUGCGAAUACACACAGGGGAGAAGCCUUUCCUUUGCGCUCAGUGUGGAAAGAGUUUUAGCCAGUCAGGAAACCUGAAAGUGCAUGAGCGAAUUCACACAGGGAAGAAAUCUUACCACUGAUCCCAGCGUGCAAUGCGUUUUUACCCAAUUAGGACACCUGAAAGAAGACAUGAGACCGCACAUGGGGGAGAAGCCUUACAAAUGUUCAGACUGGGGGGAAGGCAUUUUACUCAUCAGUAGCGUAAAAAAAAUGUGAGAAUCCACACAGGAGAGAAUGUUUACUUGUUUAUAUAUAAAUAUUUCUGGAUUUUUGACUUCUCAUUUUGUCUGUCAUAGUUGUAGUGUACCUAUGAUGAAAAUUACAGGCCUCUCUCAUCUUUUUAAGUGAAUUUGCACAAUUGGUGGCUGACUAAAUACUUUUUUUGCCCCACUAAGUGUAUGUAAACUUCCAACUUCAACUGUAUGUUAUUUUAAAUGCUAAUCCUUUGCACACGAAUGCUCACUCAUUCAGGAAUAAUUGCAGUCAAUAUAUAUUUACGCCGUUGUGAUCUGUUGGAAUCCAGUCCGUCUGCUGGAGAGUUCAUCUGAGUCUCUCUCCUUCUGUUUCCCUGAAGUUCAAAGUCUUUCUUGGUUAGAAUGGAUACCUCAGAUUACCAUUCAGAAAUGUUCUCAUAGAAUAGAUGUUUCGGCGGUUGUCGUCAUUCGCAUCCCAGGUUUACAUCAUUUCUAGCUGCCCCCACAGACCUACCAAUGCUCUUACUCUGUUGGAAUUGAUAGUCUCAGAGUUGAACCAUUUCCAGCCGUGUAGCCAAUGCUCCACGUGGGAUGGUUUUCUAGUCUUGGAACUCAAAUGUGCCACCUCAGCUUACACCGAGGUAUGCGUUGUCUAAACUAUUCGCAAUCACAGCUCACGCUGUGAUUGGUUUGCUCAGUCUGAAGAGGAUUUUUUUUAGGAGGGGCUUUUAUUCGUAACAAUAGGAUAGGCGGUUCCAUGACACCAGAUCAUGUCUGUGCCCUCGGGGACGGACCAAUGACUUAGUUAAACUUUUAAAGGAAUACAAAUCUCUCACAUUAAAGGUUUAACAUCACAUUUCAUAUAUAGUUGCAUCUUUACUCAUUCAUUUCAUACAAUAAUUAGAUGCAAACCCCAUAAUUGAGAAAUGUACACAUUCAGAGACAUAGUUAUGUGUGUUUCCUGUCCUCUCUGAGGUCACCAAAUGAAACACACUCAACAUAACUGUCCCUUAAGUGUCCACAGACCCUUCCCACACUCUCAAAGGUGGACAUAUAGUUUAAUUUGGCCAUUUUGGGGAUUUAGGAGUGCGGCCAUGUGAAUUCCUUUGUUCACUCUGUGGUCUCUCUCUGUAUGAAAAGGGGGAUAGAGUCUCUGCCAGGAAUUUACGACCUGAGAUAACAGAACCUGGGCCACAAUCUAUACCCAGAAAAGGCCACAUCAUGACAAUAUGUUUAGGUAUUCACGACCUGAGAUAACAGAACCUGUACCUACAAAGGGCCACGUCAUGACAAUAUUUAUAUAUAACAAUAUAUAUAAAUAUUUGAAUAUAGAGUAGAUCAGAUUCCAUGUGUUUAAAAGGUCCUUUUUUAAACUCUGACUGUGUGUUUAUCUGGGUGUGUCAUUCCUCCAGCACUACAGAUAAUCAAGUGAUAUUUGGAUGUGAUGCAUUUGUUCCAUUGUUGACAUUUGCAUUGUAGCCCACUGAUGAUUUAAUGAAAUGAAAAUGUUCAGACUCUGUAAUGGAAAAUGUUAAUUGUUUGUGUGUCCACAUAACUGAGUAUGUGACUAACCUUGUGAAACUGUCCAAUUAUAAUCUCCUGUUCUUGGGAGGAUCAUUCUGUGUUGCAAACCAGCUGCACCUGUGUCCUUGUAUGAAUAAAGUCCCUCCCAGGAACAGGAAACUAUAAAGAUAUGUGCUCAUCACCCAAUGCUUCAGGAAUUCAGACUGUCUACACUGCGCUGUGUAACUCUGUUAUUCUCUCUGAGCUCAGAAAUAAAGAAUCUUGGUUUGA